CCAUCCUUUUCCAGCCCUUUCCGACUUUCCGUCACCUCCCUUCAGACAACGGAACCCUAGCCUGCUCCCCACUCCCCCACCAGACCACCACCUCGCCGGAACCCCGGCGCCUCGCCCGGAGCACGUGGUUAUCGCCCCCCGUCGGCCGCGGCUGCGGUGUAGCGGAGAAAGAUGAUGAACGGCGGCGGCGGCCAGAAGAGGCGGAACUCGAAAAUCAUUCCCUACGAGUACCGCGUUGAGUCCGACCCCAAGUUCUUCGACAAGUCGUGGCGGAAGCUCCAUGAUGCCAUCCGUGAGAUCUACAACCACAACUCCAUGAGCCUCUCCUUCGAGGAGCUCUACAGGUUAACAUUGCGCGCCCGCCUCCGGUUCCCCGACUUUUCGGUUGCCGCCCUGUUCCAUGCGCUUAGGUCGCGCUGUAUGAUCGCGGAUGAUUCGGAUAGAUAGCGGCCAUGAAUGGACUGAUUGCUGUGCUGAUUGCUGAUAUGUAAUUUUCCAUUUUUUAAUUUAUAGUCGAUCCUCCUGUGGGCUUGUAUGCAUCUUAGAUGAUGACAUGCGAAUGUUUGUGAAUAGAUUGAUCUUGAUUCAUAUGUCUUAUUAUUAGUGUAGUAGGGCUUAUCCUGUAACCAUAAUUUGUCAACAUGAUAUUAUGAUCUUUUAUUGUUGGUGCAUGCUUGCUCAUGUCCUUAUUUUUGUGUGCUAUUGAAUUUUGGUAGUUGCUCGAAGCCUUUAGGCCAUUUGCAGCGUCAUUCUCUGGGUCUCGCCAUUAAAUGCUUAAACUAUUGGAGAUCUUGUUUUGAUUCCUUGUUAUGCAAGUAAGGAAAUUCGGGUUUGGACGUUGGAUGCUUCUGUUUUAACUUCUGGGCUACAUAUACAUACCCCAGAGCUGAACCCUGUGGCGGACGCAGAACAAAAUUCUAGGUGGGGCCGACAGUGCAAAAGACAAAUUAUCGGACUAGACUACUAGUUAAAUGUAGAUUGAUGAUAAUAACAUGAAUGUUAAAUGAUAACAUCUAGUUUUUACAAAAUGAUAUGAAUACCAAAAAAGACCUUUUUGGCUACCUAAAGGAGAGCUAGAGAGAGAAAAUAGGUGGACUGGCUGAGGACGAGGCGUUGGGGUGGAGCAGCCGUAUCGACGCGUAGUUGUGGUGAGUCAUCGAAUUUGACGUGAGAUGGCGUCGGUGAGACGACGACAGGUGGGAGGAGCGAGUGCAGGAGGCGAGGUAGCGAUAGAUGACGGUGACGGCAAGCGACAACCAUUGCCGUGUUGCAACGGCGUGGUGGGACCCUAAUAAGUUAGCGAGGUAUAGGUGAUGCCACGGUCCCAACAACAGCUUGCCCAUCUGCUGGUGUGGACUAGGAGGCAAAGUAUCAGUGUUGUGUGCAGGAUCGCGACGAGCUGACGAGUGAUGAGAAGGCAAGGUGGCGCUGCAGUGGGUGGGUUAGGUCACCAACUUACUGGUCAGUCGAUGACCGAAGAAGCGAGUGAGCCACGAGUGGGCUUGCGCUAGGGAAGAGAAUCGAAUGGCUCAGGUGGAGAGUGGACUGAGCAGUGAAGCAUCGAGAGAAAAAACAUCAAAACCUAGUUUUCAUUAGAUUUGUCCACACUUACUAUACAAAAGUUUGUUUAUUUCGCUGUAUACCUAAAAAAAAUGAGGUGGGGCCAUGUCCCACCUUGCCCACCCCUUAGAUCCGCCCCUGGCUGAACCGACGAGAACUGCCAUCUAGACUUACAUAAAUAUUAUUUAUUAUCUAGAGAACUCCCUUAACAAUCUUGUGCGUGUGUCCCUGUACUCCCUAAUUUGUUGCCUUAGUUAUAUAUAUACACCUAAUAUGUCGUGGCAUCCGUACUCCCUGCAUAGUUGGCACCUAGCAGUCCAAGUAAAUGGGUUGCACCAUUCCCUUGUCUACUGAUCUGAGGAGAUGCCAGUAUGGUGCUCCACCACUCUCCAUGCAUGGCUUGGUAGGAUUGAUCGAAAUAUAUCUUUUUAGCAUAUAUCUAAUCUAAUUUCUUACCUUGCAAGCUAUUACUUAAUACUUAUUAUUUUGUUUCCAGUGACUAACCAUCUAAUUGGUAGGUUCCUAGGAGUCCUGAUGCAUGCAACUAGGCUUUAUGACUUUGUAUACAUGGCGACUAUGAUUAAACUAAUACACAUUAGCAAUAACAUGCCCACAAACGGAGCUGGAUGUCAUUUACUUUACAGAACAGAUCCAGAUUUCUGCCACACCCCGAACCAUACAGAACAGAGCCAGAUCUUGGUGAUGAAGAGUGAGCUUUUCAGUCGACAUUGAAGCAUAUAUUGAUGUUAGUUCCAACACUGAAGUUAGUCAUUUCUUUCAGUUUAGGAUCAUGUAGGGCUGGAAUGCCCUUUCUAAAUUGGCAUGCUAAGAAACAUUAAGUUUGAUGGAAAUAAAAGAAACCAUCAAACUUGUUCUGUGACUAAUAUUAGGAUACCGUAGCAGAAUGUGCACACAUAUGAAAAUUUUGCAGCUCGUGAGGACUUGUGUGGAGGUCUAUCAAUAGCUUAUUUCUCAGCAUCAGAUCCAGGACUGCUUAUAACUUGGUAUUGAACAAGUUUGCUCCUGAGCUCUAUGAGAAAUUCACAGAAAACAUGAAAGCGCAUCUUGAAGAGAUGCGGACAUGUAUAGAGGCUGCUCAAGGUGGUUUGUUCCUGGAAGAGAUGCAACGAAAAUGGAAUGACUAUAACAAGGCAUUGAAAAUGAUUAGAGACAUCCUGAUGUAUAUGGACAGGACAUAUAUUCCCACUAAUAAAAAGGCACCUGUCUUUGAUCAUGGGAUAGAGCUUUGGAGGGAUACCAUAGUUCGGUCUCCUACGAUUCAGGGGAGGUUGUCUGACAUGCUCGUCGAACUCAUACAUAUAGAAAGGACCGGUGAUGUGAUAAACAGAGGCUUGAUGAGGACUACAACUAAAAUGUUGAUGGAUCUAGGGCUGUCUGUUUACCAGGACGAUUUUGAAAGGCCAUUUCUUGAGGUCUCUGCUAGUUUCUAUAGUGGUGAGUCACAGCAACUCAUUGAGUGCUGUGCUUGUGGUGAGUAUCUGAAGCAGGCUGAGAGGCGCCUCUCUGAAGAAUCAGAGCGUGUGUCACAGUACUUGGAUGUUAAAACCAAUGAGAAAAUUACUGCUGUCGUGGUAAAAGAGAUGCUAGCAAAUCACAUGCAGAGGUUGAUUCUUAUGGAGAACUCAGGGCUUGUGAAUAUGCUUGUUGAAGACAGGUAUGAAGACCUGACAAGGAUGUACGCUUUGUUUAAUCAUGUUCCUGAUGGGCUCACAGCAAUUAGAUCUGUGAUGACGUCUCAUAUUAAGGAUACUGGCAAAAGUUUGGUAACAGAUCCAGAGAGACUAAAGGACCCGGUUGAUUUUGUUCAGCGGCUUCUUAACAUGAAGGAUAAGUAUGACAAUAUCAUCAAUGUGUCAUUCAGCAACGACAAGAGUUUCCUGAAUGCUCUCAAUUUCUCAUUUGAGCACGUUAUAAACUUAAACAACAGAUCCCCUGAGUUCAUAUCACUGUUUGUUGAUGACAAACUGCGGAAGGUGGUGAAAGAGGCCAAUGAGGAGGAUCUUGAAACUGUCCUUGACAAGGUGAUGACGUUGUUUAGGUAUUUGCAAGAAAAAGAUCUAUUUGAGAAAUAUUACAAGCAACACUUGGCAAAGCGUCUUCUUUGUGGGAAGGCUGCUCCUGAGGAUUCUGAGCGAAGCAUGCUUGUGAAGCUGAAGACGGAAUGUGGCUACCAGUUCACUUCAAAGUUGGAGGGCAUGAUCACUGAUUUGAAUACCUCUCAGGAUACUACACAAGGGUUUUAUGCAUCUACUUCUUCGCGGCUGCUGGCAGAUGCCCCCACAAUAUCUGUCCAGAUACUCACCACUGGGUCAUGGCCAACACAAACCUGCAAUACCUGUAACCUUCCCCCUGAAAUUGUCUCUGUCUCAGAGAAGUUUCGGGCUUAUUACCUUGGCACACAUAAUGGCAGGAGGCUAACAUGGCAAACAAACAUGGGGAAUGCUGACAUCAAAGCAACAUUUGGAAAUGGCAACAAGCAUGAACUGAACGUCUCAACAUACCAGAUGUGUGUUCUCAUGCUGUUUAAUUCAUCAAAUGUCUUGACUUACCGUGAAAUUGAGCAGUCUACAGCAAUACCAACUGCUGACUUGAAGCGAUGCCUCCUGUCGCUAGCUCUUGUGAAGGGUAGACAAGUCCUGCGAAAAGAGCCCAUGAGCAAGGAUAUUGCCGAUGAUGACAGCUUCUGCGUGAACGACAAGUUCACCAGCAAGCUUUUCAAGGUGAAGAUUAACCCUGUGGUGACGCAGAAGGAGACCGACCCUGAGAAGCUAGAGACACGGCAGCGGGUCGAGGAGGAUAGGAAGCCACAGAUCGAGGCGGCCAUCGUGCGGAUCAUGAAGUCAAGGAGGGUUCUAGACCACAACAGCAUAAUGACGGAGGUGACAAAGCAGUUGCAGCCCCGUUUCAUGCCAAACCCCGUGGUGAUCAAGAAGCGGAUCGAGUCGCUCAUCGAGCGCGAGUUCCUGGAGCGGGACAAGGUGGACAGGAAGAUGUACCGCUAUCUUGCCUAAAACAACCUCCCUUGCCUUAGGAAUUAGAUCAUUAUACGUUACCCAUGUCAUAUAAACAGACCUUGAUCCAUGUACUUACGCAUAGAAGGAAAUGAGUCUGCAUGCCGUGAUACUUUUAGGUGAAACUGUUUUUUUGUUGGGUUUGUCCAGUUAGUUGAUAAUUUAGCUUCUAUAACAUCCUGCGCUGGGUUGCAUGCUAAUGCUGUAGAUAGAUCUUGCUGGCUGCGACGCAGUGCUCUCUUUUGGUUGCUGCUUCAGAAAGGCGAUCUGAUUGCAGCCAAGGUUGACUUUUUGUGGCUUGAAUGAUGAUUGAUGUCACUGAAAUGAUGCUUGGAUCGGAUGGUAAUCUACUGAAUUGCUCUAUCCA